AUGGGAUCGAGAAGGCAGAAAACUAGUAUAGCAUGUGUGAACUGUUCACGAUCACACGUUACCUGUGAAGACAAACGGCCCUGUUCAAGAUGUGUACGCAAAGGCUUAGAAGCAACCUGUGUUGAUGCACCCCGGAAAAGAAGGAAGUAUUUGGCAGAUGUGCCCGAGGAGCACCUGCCAGUGCCAGUAAAACGAAGCGACGCCCAUUCGGGGGAAGAGCAGGACUUUAAUGGGAGUGGACGCAUCCAACACAAGCCUAAGUUCUUGUCGAGCGCUGCAGACUUGGAGUAUUCAAUUCUAUCGAACAUCAUCCACCAAGAUACCUACUUGAACAAGGUGCCAAUAGACAUUCUCUAUUCUCGAAAUAGCACAGAAGACGGAUCUCAGUAUGCCACACCGAGUAACACGCCCAGUGUUACUCCGACGCAGGCAAAUAACUCGCUUGGGAAUCAAAGACCAACAUACAAGACAUUGCUAGGACCUCAAGGAGCGGAAGCAAUUGAAUACAAAGUCAAUUUGUUUACUAACCAUUACCCUCUAAUACCACAAGAUCCAUCUAAUGAGAAUAUUGAUCCAGACAGUAUGCUAAGCUCGGCAAUCUUCGACAAAGGUCUGUGUCAGUACUAUCUGACAGAGGGAAACACACUUCCGAAGGUUUUCAAGACCUUUAGGCACACUUCUGGAGUCGUAUCACUAGCACUGGACACAGCUUCCCCGGAAUCUCGUGCGAUCCAAAACUUUCCAGAGGUUGCACACACCUUGAGAUAUCAAACACCUCUCGAAAUAUACACGUUGGUUUCAACACCAUUCUCCCACACUCCAGGGUUUCAUUCCUUACUUGGAUAUUUGCGAGAACGUUUCAACAAAAAAGAUUUGGUCGAAAUGUGUCGAUCACUUGCAGAGUUUCGUCCCACCUUUAUUGCAAUUGCUGUGACACUGACAGAAGAAGACAUGAUAUUUAUGGAGCAAUGCUACCAAAGAACAUUAUUAGAAUACGAUCAAUUUAUAUCUCAGAUUGGAACACCUACAUGCGUAUGGCGCAGGAAUGGCCAGGUUUCAUACAUCAAUGAUGAGUUUACACUCCUCACAGGAUGGGCCCGCGAGGACCUGCUUUUCAAGAUGACCUUCAUCGUGGAACUUAUGGAUGACGAAAGUGUACGAGAUUAUUUCAAAACCUUUAGUCGCGUGGCUUAUCGGGACUUCAAGGGUUGCGAGAGGAUGAAGACAUGUCGGCUAUUGACUCCGAUCAAAGGUCGUGAGAUCAACUGCUGUUGCAUGUGGACGUUAAAAAGAGACGUUUUCGGGCUGCCGCUGAUGAUCAUUGGCAACUUCAUGCCGGUGUUGCAAUCUUAUACACCAUAG